GUUGACAAAAGCGUAAAAGCGGCGAUCGGAGCGGCGGCUAGGCCGUACAGUCAUGGCGGAGCACAAGGCGGCGAAAGCGGCCGACGCUUCAAACGUAGAGGAGGCGUCGUGGAGCGGCCUUUUGUCAGAGGUCUUCCUGAGCCCAUUGAACUUGGUCCUUGCCUCCAUAUGCAUAUACUUGAUAUACAAGAUAUUCUUCAGCAGACAACACAGCCGGAGCUCCGAAGUGAAGCGUGAGCCCGAGCUUCCUCGUAUGAAGAAGCGGGACAUGACUCUCGAGGAAAUUCGUAAAUACGACGGCACUGGCGAAGACGGCAGGGUACUCGUAGCCGUAAACGGAAAGGUUUUCGAUGUCACAAAAGGACGGCACUUCUACGGUCCAGGUGGGCCCUACCAUGCCUUUGCGGGCUACGACGCCUCCCGUGGUCUGGCCACUUUCUGUGUGGAGCGACCCAAGGACGGCUACGAUGACCUCUCUGACCUGAACCCAAUGGAGAUGGAGAGUGUGCGAGAGUGGGAGAUGCAGUUCACAGAGAAGUAUCACUAUGUGGGACGCCUGCUAAAACCGGGUGAAGAGCCAACUGAUUACUCUGAUGAAGAGGAGUCGUCUGCUGCUGACAGCCCUGCCAAGAAAGAUGCCGGCGAUCCGUCAGCUGCUGCCUCAGGGGGUGAUGCUAAGGCGCAUGCGGACUGAGCGGCCCCAUACAUACACACGUUGCUGCCUCUGCUGUCGCCCAACUGCCAUGGGAACAUGUUUUCAUUUUGUCACUGUUUGUUUGCUUCUCCAACAUGUGUGUAUAUGUGUGGCCAGGUUUCUUACAGCGUGCCUAGAGGAGCUCAUGCUGCUAUAAUUUGUCAAGACUUGGAGACAUGUGCCCUGUGUGGGCAUCCCAUCUUCAUCACACAAAAUUAUGAGAGAAUCAAUGUACCAUGGCAGGGACUGUCGGAACUGAUGUUUGCUCGACUAUUCUGCAUUUCUAAAGUGCAAACGAAGGUGGGUAUACUUUGGUAAUUUGAUGUAGAUAAAGGUUGCAGAUGGAGUAGACUUUACAAGAUGGUCCAACAUGAUAGCAAGGUGCCACUGCACUCUUGCUCUACUUGAAAUCGGUGGUGUGUGUACAUAUAUGCCACUUUCCAAGUGGAGACGUCUGCACUGUGGUGUCAUUCUGUGCUUUCCAUUGGCACUUCCAGAAGGGUGUAAUCUCUGCGAAUUUAAGCGGAUGUAGCUGUUGAGUUGAUUCCACGUCUUGAGCAGAUGUGCCUUUCUUUAGCUACAGCUCGAGGAAGCUCUGUGCCACUUAUGGUUGGCUCUCAUCUGCCUCUUUUGGCAAAGUUUGCAUGUGGUGCCGCUGCGAUUUUUGAUACAGCGAGCGGGACAGAGUGGUACGGUAAGGUACAGACUAACGUGUUAGUCAAUGGUUUAAAAGCUAAAGAUCAUUACAGACACAUAGGUGCAAACAUUUCUACACUCGCCAUGGCCUACUACCUACCACCAAGCACUUGGGAUCAUAUUUUACGCCUUACAAUCUCCAUGGACUGCAGCUGUAUGUCCAGGCCGCUGUGAACAGGAGUGCAUAAUUUGUUGUUCCUGGGUGCACUACAGCCAGCGAAAAAUUCAUGAUGGACUUGCAGUUUGGUAAUGCAGCACUCUGACCUGCCACUGUGUUGAUAAUUGCCAGUGCAGCAGCACUAAUGUGGCACCUUUUGAGGUCUCAUUGUGAGUGUUUUAAGUGAAUGCAUCUCUAUUUUUUUGAGCUGCCUCUUCCCUCACCCCACCGCAUUGAAGCUUUAUUGUACAAGCAGGGGAAAACUUGCCAAGAAUGCUGGGACGCUGCUGCCACUCCUACUGCACUUGAUGCACGAGUGCCCGUACAACAUGGCAGCUUCCUUAGUUUUCCCGUUUCCACAGUGGUGCACCAGCGCAUCACUGGGUUAACCCUGCGUCAGUACCUUAUCAAGUGUCGGUUUGGUCUUGCAUACGAAGAGCGAGAACUGAUUGUUUUUGUAUCUCGUCUUCCCAUUUCCACGCACAGACUUGUACAUAAUUAUUAAUUUCCUCAUGGGCAUGUCCUUAGUUCUGAAUUCUUUCUCUUUAUUUUAGAUGACAAUGGACGCAACUGUGGCUAUUAUCUGCAGUGUGUGUAUAGAAAAAGCUACUUGUGUGCAUGGUGGGUGUCUGUGUGAUUAAAAAGAAAUGUGGGAUAUUCAAAA